AUGGCGUACUUUGACGUGAUUUCAUUAUUCACGUCCAUCCCACCGGACCUGGCACUCGACGUUCUUCGCAAACGACUCGAAGAGAAUUACGACGAGACGAACAAACCCCUAAAAAUCGGCCACUUACUGCAACUGUUUGCUUUCUGCCAACAAACCUUCUUCACCUUCAAUGGCAGAACAUACGAGCAGAUCAAAGGAACGCCGAUGGGUUCGCCAAUAUCCAGCCUGGUUGCAGAACUAGUCCUGCAGGAACUGGAAAAAGUCGCCUUCGACCACUAUGAACCUGCAUUUUGGCGCCGGUACGUGGACGACACGUUCGUCAUAAUUGAAAGGAGCAGACUGGCCGACUUCCAAGACCUGCUCAACGGCAGCUUCCCAGACAUUCAGUUCACAAGGGAAGAAGAGCAUGCCGAACAGCUGCCGUUCCUUGACGUUCUCGUCACACGCACACCCAACGGCGAACUCAACACCACGGUGUACAGAAAGGCGACUAACACGACUCAGAUUCUCAACUACCACAGUAACCACCCAAUGGCGCAUAAACGCAGCUGUGUUAGGACACUCUUCCAGAGGGUAAAAACGCACUGCAGUGAACCAGAGGGACGAGUACGAGAACUUCGGCAUCUUCGGACCCAACUGGCAAGGAAUGGAUACCCGAACAGCUUCGUCAGCCGCUGCCUCCGCACGCGCCCACGGCGAACAAACGGAGGAGAGCCGCCAACACUCUGGCACCCUCUGCCAUAUAUAAAGAACGUACCCGAAGCGAUGGAACGUAUCGCUGGAGAGCUCGGCGUGGGUAUCGCUCACCGUCCGACAGCGACCAUGCGCAGCAAAAUCAUGCAAGUGAAGGAUCGUCUAGACGUGGGUGAACAAUCGGGCGUCGUCUAUCAGAUCCCAUGUCGGGACUGCCCUUGCCACUACACUGGACAAACCGGACGACGACUUAGCUCACGAAUAACGGAGCACAAACGGGCGGUCCGGAGAGGCGACCCGUUGUCUCAGGUCGCCACUCACACCCUGGAGGAAGGCCACGAAUUCAACUUUGCGAGCACGCGGAUAGUGGCGCGGGCCAGCAAUAAGACAGGACGAGAACUGUUAGAGGCCUGGGUGUCUGACACCAACGCUAUCAACAGGCACGUUGACAUACCCCCCCCCCUCCCCUGCUAUCACGCGCUCCGUUCCCGCGGCGAGGCCCAAUUUCCAGCCAAGGAUGCACGCAGUCACGCCACCGUGAGACGGCGUGGGACGCGACUUAUCGCGAAUACCACCCUCUGCACUCAUAUCUCUCCCCCCCCUCAUGGCGUGACCUCAAAAACCGCUCAUUUUAUGUUGCCUUCUCACAGUCUCUGACGAUGGCCUCCUGUACGAGACCGAAAGCUCAGACUAAUAAACCCACUGUCCCAGAGAUCGAGUCUUCAUCUUCUUUAUAUAAAUCCAGUUUUCUUUCUGGCAUGAACUAGACUAGUGGCAUGGCUGUAUAUUCACACAUUAGCCAGUAAACGGCCCACAGUCUGACGGUAUCCCCAGGCAAUCCAAAAGCCCAUUCGCUCCUGAUAAUAUAUUAAAAGAUCAGCGAAGCCUUAACGGGGCCAGAUUUAUAGGAAGCGCAUGAGUUUGUAAACUUGUGGCUUUGAACAGUCCAGCGCAAAGCAGAAUUAUCAAAACUUCCGUCUCAGAUGUUGUCCACUUGCUCAACCCAGAAGUCCUGCUUAAGUGGCCUGCACAAUGCAGCCACGCCCUGGAGGGCGCGCGCGCGCGCGCGACUAAAUUCGUACAUAAUUAAGGCCCUGCUGUCUGCCUACUGAACCUGCGAGAGUAUGUUUUUCGGGCAAUAAUGAGGGAUACUUAUGCGAGGGCGGAGCUCAACGACAUGUUUCUAGGGCGGAGCAUGGCCACUGUGGCUGCAAAUCAGUUUGCAGCCUCACUGAGUGGCAGCAAAAACGCCAUCAGAAAAAAAAAUCAGGGCCAUUGGGGCAGAAGGACUCCACGUGACUUGGCUGGGCGCAUGUCUCCUACGGGUGAAAAUUGACUUCCACUCAUAAAUACCUGACUCGGUUUGGGAAAAUGACAAAUUAGUUGUUUAUGAGGCAAGAAUGAAAGAGCAUGCCUGGACGUAGAAGAAUGGAAUUUGACAAAAUAGGUAUUUGUGGGGGAAAUGCCAUCUUUGGACCUACGAACGGAAACAUUCGAAUUCGUAAAAUUGUCUAUCCCCGGUCAUAAGCAUGGGUCGGAACCCCUCCCUUUUCUUAUGACGCUCUGACCUUGCAAAUCGAAGACGUCUUUCAGAUUUAUUUUUAACUAGACAUUUUGAAAAGCACUCGAACCAUGCGUUGAUCGAACUUGCCUGACCGCGGGACAGAACGCCGACAUGCGGUUUUGAUUUGCGGCUCAGUCCGCGUCGCUUGUUGGCCUAGUUACGGGCAGUCGGUAAGAGCCAAGUGUAACAGAGAGACGCACAGUACACGUAAAUAGUCAUUUUUGCCUACUUUUCGUUAGUAGUCUGUCGGAGUCGAAUCCCAGAUUAGGGAGAAUUGAGAUAUGAAUUCGGACUAGACUGAUGCCAGGGCUUCGCGUUCUAUUGGUGGCGGUUCGACUGUCGAAAACAACGAACUCUACUUCGGACCCCAUUGAGUGCCUAAAUUGGCUUUUAGGGAUGCAGACUUGCGCAGCAUCUAUCGCACUCGUUUAUCUCCAGCCACCUGAGUGUCGUGGGAAGACACAGCCAAGACGAUUAGAGACGGGCUUGAUGCAGUGGGUGACAAGGCUAAGAAGCCCGUCUACGCGCGCUCCAAGAAUGUCCUAAUUUCCUGGUUAGGUUAUCAGGCCUCUCCUGGGGCAGUUGGGAUCUCACACUUGCGAGAGUGUCAUGUAGUCCGCAUUCAGACGUAACCACUUAGCCCAACUCUCAGUUCUCAGAGGACCGAGUUACCCCCUUAGUUGGCGGCCCUCCAAGCCACAACGCUCAGCGCGUCGUGAAACAUUCAAGCGCGUCAUAAUUAUUAUAGUGAGAAAUGCUUUAAUAUGCCCCAGAGGUGGAUUGCCCGGAGUCAACCUCGAAGGAGGAGACACGAUCGCUGGGACAGGAGCUUUAUUAGCCUGACGUUUCGGAUUCCUGCUCGAACCCAUCAUCAGAGACAACAGCAGAUACGGGUAGUUCAUGAAAAGGGGGCUGCAGUAUUUAUAGGAUGCAGUCGCCAUGCUAUUGCGAUAUCUAUGAAUGUUCACGGCUCCCCCCCUCUUCAUCAGGGGUCGUUGCACGUGGCGUGAUGACUGCUUGAUGGCCGACAUUCGAGUCGUUCAUUGCUGCAAUCUCAUCACGUGCGUUGGCUGUUGGUGUGAUGAUUGUUCGACCAUCUGACGCACCGACCCUGGCGUUGGGAAAAGUGUUUACCUGUUGCGCUCCCCGCGUGGCUAAUUACUCCAUCUAAGCGAAGUCUCAGCACUGAGUAUGGAAGGGGAAGAUCACUGCACUUUUUAAUGGACUAAAGGCUUCCUGGGACUCGUCUCUUCGCAUCUACUGCAGAGCCAACCUCAUUUCCAGGCAUCAGUCCACAGUUCGAGAAAGCCAGCUGGGACUAAACGCACUUGUUGUCACGGCGUGUAGCCUGCGUCUAAACCUACCACCACAUCCCUCAUGUAAGCGAUGGGUUCGCGCAGACACAUCGCAGCCUGAUUAUCCCAGUCCAGCUCCCAUUCUGGUCAAACAAUCCAAGCAACCUCUGCAGGUCGCGAUCCGGAAUAGUCAGGGGCCACACAGAAGCUUUGUACAACCAGUUAUUUUGAUUUCAAAACGAAACAGGUGUAAUCACGUUUUGCUUUUGGCGCUCCGGCCUAGAAUGCACGAAGGCUGAUGCAUAGAGGCAUGCAGUCAGUAGACGGCAAAGGUUAGGCUUUAAGGAUUGUGGGCGUAUGCUAUGCCACACUUCCAGCAAGCCAUGGCUCUCGCAAUUUGUGUGCGCUGGUAAUUCUCUGGCACCUGGUUCCCGGUCGGUAUUUGUGUUUGUGCUCCCUCUGAAUAUAUAGGUCGUGCGCAUGCUUGCCUGGUGACUUGUGCCAUCCCCUCCGCUUAGAAGGCUGCCAAACUGAAGGAUAUCUUGAGCAUUGCAGUCGGCCCAGUAUAAGUGUAUGCAGUUAAAAGGUCUGACAGCGUGUGCCAUGCCAGUAUCAGCAAACCAUGGCCCUCGCAGCCUGGUAUGCGCUGGCAGUUCCCUGACACCUGGUCCCCACCCGGUGGAUGCGCUUGCGCUCCCGCUGAGUAUACCGGUCUUGAGCAUGGCUGCCCAGUCAUCCUCGUCGUCCUCCUGACCCCCUGUGGUGCUGCUGUUAUUGGUUAGAAUCCUGGUCAAGUGUUUGCUGCGGACCAGGGAGUGUGGUGGUACGUCUAGGCGCGGGUCCGGCCGCGCCAGCCCAUGCGUCCUCUCCCACCUCCGGUCUUCUUGAUUAUGUCUUGACACCGAGCCCAGGUACAGCAUGUAUCCGCUCAAAGGAGAUAGAAGAGCCCAUGCAGGCACUUCCAUGUGGACAGAAGCGCAGAAGCAAAGCGAACCCAGAUCAAUACCCGGUUCAGUGUGGAGGCGUAGGACCGCUAAAUAUACAGGUCAUGAGCAUGGCUGCCCAGUCAUCCUCGUCGUCCUUCUGAGCCCUGUUGGGGUGUUGUUGUAGUUGGUCAAGGGUAUUUUGUAGACCAGGGGAUGUGGUGGCACUUCUAAGUGCAAAUCUGGCCGUGUCAGACGCCUGCGCCCUUCCCCGCCUCGGUCUUCUUGACUCUGUCUUGACACCGGAUCCACGUGGGGGACGAGAAGAGAGUGCGGCAGAUGCUUCGCAAGUCUACUACCAUUAUAAAUAAAUUCACGCACAAGUUCUGCGCUUAAUCUCACCAUGCUUUGGAGCACACGGUGAACAUCGUCAAUCAAGACGAUUAAACUUCCGUAAAUGGACAGCGUUUCCUAAUACGGAAGAGGGAAGUCGCAUCUUGCCUAACUAUUGAUAUCAGUGAAAUAGUAAAUUAUGUACAUUAAUUACACGCUGUGGUCAGCAACCUUAGAUCAGCUACUCGUACGUGCUUUGAAUACGGAACGAUUCUGACCGCUCGAUACAUUGAUUCUUCUAUAAAUUCGAUUACUGGAUAUGUAUGCAUUGGCUUGGGGAAAUAAAUCAGAGCUUUUGCUUAGUUUGCGCUAAUGUUGGACCUUUGAGAUUGGUCCUUACCUUUUUGUGAAGGAAAGUGGGCUAAACUGAAACCCAAUCACCCACGCCCCCCGGGGAUUCAUGCUUGUACGGUUGCUAAUUUCUUCCGUUGAGAAGUCUGAAUUUUAUUAUUGGCCUCAGCAAUGCUGCCUUGGACAGUAUUUCAACCAUACUCACUUACCUGGACUACAGGGAUUCGACCGAUUCUCGACUGUCUUCGUCAGAAAUAAUUGGUUUGAAGGUAUCCCCUCACUACUUAUUUGCUUGGCGGCAGCGUAUGCUACAACUCCGCAGCAAAAAACAGACUUGGUAAUUUUCUACGACGACACAAAGGGGAUUUAAUUCAGAAGACAAAGUGGCGGGCGAACGUUGCUUUCGAUAUCUUCUCGUCAGGCCAGUACAAUUAUAUAGGACAGGGUACAGAAUGAGAAAAAAUCGAUAAAAGUUAGUUUUUAAAAUACAGGCUAAGCAAGAGCGGAAGGGCACAGAAAGUUGUAAGUGGUUAGUCAACCUUUGACCACGGUAAGCGCGGGGCCUGAACGAGGUUCUUCUGGGCGCAUAGGGUUUGUUUUCGUAACCUGAUGGCGGCCGCUUCUUCUGUUGUUAACAGACACUGGUCCAGUAGCUUGGGGAAGCUCGAGAGGACCUUAUAAAUAACGCGAAAUGCUUCAGCGGGGUCCACACGAUGCCCUGAAUCCACUGCGUGCGCAAGGAUGGCGCUGUCUAUUCUCCUGGUCUCACCUUUUGCCAGCCAUGCGGGAAGGUGCUCUAGUAUUCUUUUGGAAAUACGCCGACUCGUACGACCUGUUCCACAGGAGCAAGUGAGUGAGUAGAUGCACAUUGAGGCGGUCUGAGGUGACAGCCUAUCCUUGCCUUCUCCGCGUAAAAUAGGGUUAGUAGGGAAUGAUAUGCGGACCCUUGCUGCUAGGAAGGUGCCCAAGACAGCUUGGUCAAAGCGUCUUCUUCGAAGUUCGCUCGUAGCAUCUCCUUGGAAAGGGACUUGGAGGAACAAGGUUUUCUUUUCGACGGUCAGUGUGGUGGAUUUUGCGAGUCGUUCGGCAAGGUUCUUUGCAAUGAUUUAUUUCAAGCGAUACGCUAAGGUAUUCAUUCAAAAUGACGAGUGAGGUGUAAUAAUGCAUUGAUUUGGGACAUAGGGGACAUUCACAAUUUAGAAAUAUGCGCGUUUCUUUGGGAUAGAUGCUCGUGCCGAUCUCGUAGUCAUCACGAACAGCGAUGAACAUCGGGGUGGUGUCGGGGGUUGCUGACUUCACAGGAUACAGUACGAUCUGGGCGGGUUAAUUUCAAGAUGGAGGUGGGUAUUAUAGUCCAACCUUAAGAAUCCUUCCUGAACAUCAUUCUCCAUAAUUACUUGGUUCAGAUCCAGAAUAGGAUGACUUCGCACUCGGUUAAAUUAUGUAAAACUCUUUUAAAAUAACAGUUCACAAAAUGCCUUCUGAAAACGGGACAGACAUAGACUUCCAUCCCGAACAGCUCGAUGUUAGACAGUCGUCUCAGAGUAGAGGGGCUAGAGGAAAACGAAAAGACCCCACUCCCUAUUGAGAUCUGGCCAAAAGGGAGAAUAUCCGUCAAGCCGUAACAGAGCAUUUACAAUUGCAACUGAAUAAAUUCGAGUCUGGACGAAUCUGCCGGCGGAUAAAUAAGCCGAAUGACCAAAUGAAGGAGCUCUUAGAUCCCCGGUUAGACAAAACCUGGGGUGUUGUAAUGUGGUUGACUGAUGACAGCAAACAGUCCAGAAACCCGUGUUCAAGUAGCCUUUUUGUAUUCUAAGAUGGAGGCGAACUUUCGUAUUCCACCUAAAUGUUUGAGCGGAGAAAAAGAGAUGUCGAGCGCCAAAAUCAUUUGUUUAUCCUACUAAGUUCCCGAACUCCUGCAGAAUUGCAACCGCAGAGAUAAAAACGGCAGCAAAAUAAGCAGCAGUUAUAUUAGGGCGUUAGCAAGUCAAACUUCAUCGACACAGGUCUGGAGGUGACUGCGCAAGGCUCUGUAUGCCGGUGCUAUAUCGAUGCAUCGAUUAACCGAGUUUCACUGUGAGACCCAAGCCUCAGUUAAUUUCCGACGAGAACGAAUAUCCUAGCAGCUGCGAAUUUCAACUUUUGAUCGCCUAUUGGCUAAUUUCCCUCGCCCAAUAACUGUUGCCUGUUCUGUUGCUGCUUUUAUCUUCGACUGUGGACUGCCGUACAAGUUCGAAAGCUCCGACAAACUAAAUAAGUGGUUCCGAUGCUCCAGUGGCUUCGAAUUUAUUGGAAAUUAGGGUGAGCUGGCCUCUGGUUGAUCCGAGAAAAAAACUCAAGGCCUUCGCAUCCUAUUAGUGACACAGCGGGCUAUUCUUCUUAUUUCUUGAAAAUAUAGUCAUUGUCUCUCAGACCUCUUAGACGUUUCCCAGUCUUCAAACACGAAUUAAUACAUCUCUAAAUGGGCUUUCUAGAGUGAACUGCGCCUUUUUUGCACUGCCUGAAGACCGAAUAAAAAGAGCUCGGCAAAAAUAUGGAUGGUUAGCAAACACUCAUUUUUACAGUACUUACAGUGGAGGCGGAAGUUCCAUCUAUCAAUCUGACGCCGGCGUGCAGAACCCUGAGCAGUCAUCUCCAGUUUUGUGUCAUCGGGCGAUAAUUGGCUGUCGCAGCCCUUCUGUUGUUGCUACUACCUCUGUAACGAUGGUCUCCUACGCGAUUUCGAAAACUCAGAACGGUAGGCAGACUGUUUUGGUGCCGAAACAGUCUUCUUUGCUCAGCGCCCACAGUUCUUACCGCCCCGAUUAAACGCCGGAACCCCUUAAAUAUUUGCCGCUGGCUUUCUUUAUUUUCUCAGACAGAAAACAUGCCUUGAAAAGGGUUCCAGCGACUAUUAAUUGGAAACAUAGACAAACACUGCUUCGAGCAGUGCAUAUGCUGGCUCUUGGUUGAACCUCUAUUUAGCUGCUUGUUCGUAAAAAAAACCCAGCAUGCAUAUAGCCUGCAUUUGUUUCACUCAUUGUGUUUGGUUUGAGGGAAAUAACGUCCUCUUUUAAGCGUUUAUUCUAAGAAUGGCGGGGUUUGAUGUUUCGGAAAAAAUCCACUAGUUCGAGUUCGUUCCGACUAGUAAGUAACAUUUCCAGUUGUUUUUAUGGCAAGCUUUAAAAGGUGGUUUAAGAGUUUGAUUUCUGAAAAUGGGGUCGAAAAUGAGCUCUUUCCUAUCGACUCCGAUCGGCUGGACGCCCGCUUGAUUUUGACGGUUGGUCUUUUAAAGAGAAACCAUUGUUUUUCUUCUCCGCUAUCAGCAUAUGUAUAUCAGAUUCUGUCUGCUAAGUGCCCAACCAAUUUUCGUCUCAAGAAGACGUGAACAUGAAAAAUUACGUAUUUUCCCCUAACGGUCUUCUCCGCUGUUGUCCUCAGUAGGACGCCUGGGAGUGUAGGCGAUGCCUUCGUAGCGGCCUUUAGAGUAAGCUUCUCAACUGAGUGGGCGUUAUUCACUCUUGACGGAAGGUGAUGGGGAUGAAGAUUCUAGUUUUCAAUUAACCAGAUAGUAUCGGUAUACAGUGUGUUAUCUAACUCAUUAAAUGUGUCGAAAUUUAGAGAUGAUUACUAAUCACUCGCAAACCGACACCAUUUCAUGAGUCCAAUGUCUAUGUUAAUUAAGUACAAGUUUAAAACAAUUGAAAACAUAAAACAAAUAUUUAAGGCAGUGUUGUUUAUAAGUGUCGAUUUUUUUAAAGAAACGUCAAAAUUGGUUCUUAUUUAGUAAACUUCGUUCUUAGAUUUUUAGAAUGUAUUCUUAUGCCGCAAACAUAGUAAAAAUGAAAGUGCAAAUGCAAUAGCGUUUAAUAAUAGUGUUUCAGUGAAUUUUACAUCUAACUAUCGUUAGAGAAUAAGUGUACUUUUGUACACGACGGUUUAUCAACUGCCUACAUUCUGGGUGUGGAUUCCAAAACAGUUUUCCAGGGAUUCGUGGUAUUCUUGACUCUUUCGAAGUAAAUGAGAUGGGAUUCAACGUGAGAAGCUGAAAUUUGCUUGAUUUCAGUGAUGGGGACCUCGCAGAAACAAUUGUUUUCAUAAGGCAGCAUGCCAUGAGGCCAGUCGAUGCGUAAUAAAUUUAAAUAAAACUAACAGGCGUUAUCGUAUGCAUACCAUUUUGUGUUUAUAAAGAGAAAUUUUCUUUCGUUAAAUUAAUUUACACUUUUCGUCCUUGUCGGAUUACGGUAAGUUUCAGAUCGGAUUCGAAAUGUUGCUGAGUUCUUCAUGAUUUUCAGUGUUUUCUUCCGAUCGUCCAUAAAGACAGAUUUUGAAUUUUCAGUCUGUUAAGAAGUUUAAAAUAAGAUUAUUCUUAAAGGCAUUCACUGAAUAAGUGAGUGUUCGGGCGCUCCUUUUUACAAAGAUGCUCGUUUGGCUCAUAUGUGCAGACUCAUUCAAACAGCAAACUUCAUUUUCGAGAAAAAUGGUUGUCCACAACGAAAAUCGGCAACAAAUAUGCCUUUGAUCAAAAAGAAAACUUUGCUUUAUAAGUUACCUCUUUAAUAAGUGUUUUAUUACAGCACUCCGCUGGCGGAUCGUUGUGAACUUUGCAUUUUUGCACAGUGAGGCCAAGUAAAAAUUUGAUAUCAGUUUCCGUUAUCAGAUUCCAUGAGAUAGGUCACGCACUGUAUCUGCCAUAUAAGUGCAGGCCAUUACUCACUCGAUUGCGUACCGCUUUGUCAACUAUUCCGUGGUUGAGGUUAGUGUUGGGUUGAAGUUAAAGUUCGGUCUGGGGAAUAGGUUACCCCCCGAAUUUAGCGCAAAGUCGCCUGUAAUACAAGGGUUAGGGUAAGAGAUAAUGCUGCGGUUAGAAGGGAUAGGAUUACGUUACGAGCUGGAAGGGUUAGCGUUAUCAUUAGGUCUAUGGUCGGGAGGGUCCACGUUGGGGUCAAGGCUAAAGUUAGGACGUGGGAAUAGGUACCGCACGAAUUUAGCGUAAGGCCACCUGUGUCCAAAUGAAAUGGUCUCCAUCUGUUGGUACCCCAUACGAAACUCGAGACCUUUGAACUCCUCCACGCUUCAAGGUUGUUAUCCAUGUCGAUGGGACUUUCGACACCUGUUUUGCCGUCCACGCUCAGGGAGUUUUACCUCUUCUCUGAUUAAAAAUGUACCUCGAAAGUUGUUGAAAGCCUAGUUGACCUAAAUCUUCUAGAAUAAUUCAGCCCACCAUGUGGAAAGAGAAGUUGGCCAUAUCUAGUAGUGGACUUAUGCGAGACGUGGGCUUAUGUACGCACAGGAUGCCAUGCUAACUCUACUCUCUGAUACCGGCUGAGAAGGAUUUGCGUAUUUAUAUCUAUAACUAUUCCGUACGAUGUGUUUCAGUAAUACUGGUCUUGACAGCCAGAGGUCGUCUGUGACUGAUUAACGUCAACGACGGCUACAAAAUGCUUAUUAUCAGCUGCCUUGUUCUUGCCGGUUGGAAUUCCUGAUUGGUUAAGAAAGCUCUCACAGCGCCUAUAACGCAAAGAUUUACAAAAGCACCGUACGUAACAGCUCCACGCCCUGUGUACGUGUCGUACAAGUCUCUCUAAUUGUCCAUAAAAACCCCGGCGAAUGCUAAAGUUUACGCAAGUAUGUUGGAAUGAGCUGAGGUGAAAAACACGAACUGACCCUUUAUCUGUCUCUUGAUCAGGAGAAGAAUGAUGUAAUAGGAGGCUCACAUGCACACAGUUCUCACCAGUUGUCAUGGUGACAAGGAAGGACGCCCAGCUGCAGGCCUUAGGCAGGCCUGUCGCCAGGCUCUACAUUACUGAUUAAGGCAUCAUGUGCUCUGAUAAAAGGGUCUUCUUCCCAAUACAUUUACUGUUUUUUGCAUGUCAAGGCAGAGAACGCUCCUGCUUUGCCAGAAAACGUUCGCUAAUCUAAGGGGCCUGAGGUCAUUGGCGGGCGUUCUGCUUUCAUGGGCGCGAGUUUAACAGGCAAAAUACGCCCAGAAGGACGGUGGUGGUGGUGGUGGUGGUGGUGGUGGUGGUGGUGGUGGUGGUGGUGGUGGUGGUGGUGGUGUCCUCUAAACGGGCCACGUGUUAGAUGCCCUGGACCAACAUGGGGGCCACAUCGUACUUUGGCAGGCGUUAUCUGUGCGCAAUAACACAUGCCAACAUUUGCGGGGUGCGCUGGCGGACACUGUUUUCGGCAAUCUUCACAAAACUGGACCACUGCCAUCACCCCAUUGUUUUGUGGUCAAAAUCAUGGUCAUUUGUGUGUGGACCAGGGGGUGCGGAGUGGAGCGCCAAGGCGAGGAUCCGUCCGAGCCAUCCACCUGCAGCUUCCCCCGUCUCCGGUCUUCUUGACUCUGUCUUGACACCGAGUUCAGGCGGGGGAGGAGGGGAGAGUGUAGGCAGAUGCUACGAAAGUCUACUGGCACUAUAAACCCCUGCGUAUGUCCCUGCGUCCCUGCUUCCACAAUGCAGUCUGUGGGGCACACGGUGGACAUCAUCGAAAUCGAUGGUCGAACUGUCGUCGGUGGUGGUGUUGGUGGUGGUGGUGGUGGUGGUGGAGGAGGAGGAGGAGGAGGAGGAGGAGGAGGAGGAGGAGACUUCUAUGCGUUACGGCCGAAACUUCGGCGAUUACCAACAACUUCUGGCCCUCACGAGCACAUAAAUUAAAGUAUUCUGUUGCGAAAAACGAAUGUUCCCGAAAGACAGUCGGUCAUUUAUAUCUCUAACAAUCCUAUACGUCGGUGGUCCUACGUCCAUUUGCAAUAAUGUGUACUAUUCUUGAUUGCAGAACAACUUUUACUGCUUAGGGGAUCAGCUAGUGUUCUCGUUGUAAAAAAGAUUGUCAACCACCUGGUGGUGACAAAAGCCGUGCAGCACGGGCCUUACUGGGGAACAGCAGAUCCAGCAAAUUCUAACGAGAGCUCGUGGAUGAAUUGGUCUGAGGGCUGUCUUCGUCCUUCUCAGGUUAUUUCCUCGGUCACAAGUUGACAGUGUCCGAAGCGGUACACUUGACUGAGACCAUUUGCAGCUAGAAACGGUGUAACUGUGUGUGCAGUUCGAUCUUGACAAACCACGAUGUCCAUCGUGUGUCCGACAGCAUAGUGGGCGUCGGAAAAUCCUUAGUUUAUCGUGAUUACGGACUUGCCCAGCAUCUACCACACUCGCUCGCCCACCGGCGAUCGGCCUUCUACUAAGUACACGUAUUAAAAAGACCUAUAAGCACAGAGGUUGGAAGGCGACUGAAAACUGGCGCAGUAAGACUUUUGCCGCUCUUGUAUGCUCGGAAGUCCUCUACUGGCAGACAGUCGUGCAGUUAAUUUCUAGAACGGAAAAUCCUGAGAUGCGGGAGGGAGUAUUUUAAGAAACUUAUAUCGAGAACUAAGCAAGGGUUAAGUAUUGGCGUGGGGUGGGGAAAAACUAUGGAAAACUGUCUUUAAUAUGUUUUUUAAAAGGUGUUGUUCGGUGGACUUUUUCGUCAUUCCUUCGACGGCAAGAUGACAUUCGCUGACCUGUACCGUCCCGAGGACUCGGCGUUAUUGAAAUGUCUACAUUGGUUCAUUGUUCUGCAUCCCUCACACGUAAUUCCUUAGUAAGAACAAAGUUCAUUUUAAAAAAAUUCGGCGCGAAGAGCAGUCUGGAAAAAAAUAGCUCGCACUAUUGUUAGAUGAAAUGUAUACGUCUGUCAGUAAAGCAGGAGAAUUAAAUCGCUGGCGAAUUUGUUAAAUAGCAGAUAGCGUUCCCUUACCCCGCGCACAUACUUGAUCCUUGCCGACAAGUUUUCGGAUGGACAAGAUUUUUUACCCUCACGCCCUCGUCUUGAAAGGCCUUAUUGCAGAGCAAACUGCGGGCGCAGAAUGCACUGAAAGUCAAAGAAACUAUCAAUAAGAUGUCCGGUUGUGAGUAGACAAAGUAAGGAGUGCCAAUCUAUUGGGAAAUAACGGUCUCUCAGGUGGAAGGACUGAACUCAAAGCAACGUGGUCAAGCAAGCUGAUGGUCAGGAGCUUAUGUACUUAUAGCAGGGUGGCUAACUCAUCAAACGUCAACCGAAAUUCCGAAAUGCAUUUUCGUUUUAAAAAGAUUAAUUAAGUAGGGCUGUUAAACUAAUUAUCAUUCAGCAUAAUUCGAUAAUUAUUCAAUUACCUCAGGAUGUCGGCUUUCUAAUGAACUUCUUUCCGGCUGCAUAUAGAAAAUAGACUUUGUAAAAAUGGCUACUUAGGUGGCAUGCAUUUUCCUCAUUAAUUUUCGAUGCCUUCAAAAUUUCAAUUAUAUUUCAUAGGAAACAUGCAUAAAAAUAUUCAUUCUUUUACUCAUGUGGUAGAAAGUUACGUCUUGUUACAAUUUUAUAUCUGAAGGAAGGGUAUAAUUCAGUUUUCAAAAACUUUCAUAAUUUUCGAAUAAUUUUGACCCCGACCUGCCGUUACACUUGCAUUCAGGGUUUCCAAACUACAAGCCAUAUAUUUUCCGUGUACGGAAAACCAUACGUUUUACUACGGCAUUAAGAGCAGACUAUAUGGGUUUAAUAAAUUGUAGCGAUCGAUUUGAACCAUAUUGUUAACUCUACAAGCCUUAUUGGUAAAUUCAGAGGCAUGAACUUUCAUGAACGGCCAUCUCACGGUAUUAAAAAUCCUACAGAAUUGUGCAAUGAUUUACCGUACUAACAACACAGGUAUUAGCUGAAAGCCCAGACACGCGUGUUUCGACGACUUUAUGCCGCUGCUGACCCACCUGUGAGGGGUUCGACUCGUCAGUGGGUCCCCCAGCUUUGCCCGUGUGUUUUCUAAUAUAUUAACUCCAUUUUAAACUUGCCUUGUUUAAUUUCCGAGGAAAUUAAUGUUUCGAAAGAGUUACUCCAGGUUCGCGAAUUAAUUUCCUCGGAAAUUACGCAAGGCAAAAAUCCUACAAUUGUUAACUUUUUUAAAACCGGAUUAUACACUUUCUUUGAGGAUAACAUUGGAAGUCACCUGAUUCCCCACAGAAUGAGCAAAAGAAUGAAUAUUCUUACGCGUGUUUUCUACGAAAUACAAUUUAAUUUUCAAGUGUUUCGAAAAUCAAUGCGAAAAACGCGGGCUAAUUAAGUAGUCAUUGCUUGCAGAGUGUGGUUUCCGCACGCAACCGAAAAGAAGUUCAUUCAAAAGCCGGGAUCGUGAGGUAACUGAAAUAUUAUGAAAUUAUGUUGCAGUCCCACUAGGUUUACAGCUCUAAUCGAUCAAGGACACAGUAAGGAAUGCAAAUCUUCUGGGAAAUAACGGUCGCUCAGGUGGAAGAAAUGAACUCAAAACGACGUAGUCAAACUAGCUGAUGGCCAGGAACCCAGUUACGUAAAUACUAAACGUAGGAAAAAAUGAGUUGACGAGGGGAACAGCUGACGAUGGGUUGAAAUUUGCCAGCAGUGUUCACCCAGAACAGUAUUGCUCUGUCAGUUGCAUGCUCGGUCGUUUUUUUACAAGGCAGACUUUUUCGACCAACAAUUCUUCACGAGACUUGUUUCAACCUUGUCAUAAAAAUGACGGUUUUGGAAGUCUGCCUAGAGUCCCGUGUUGUAAACCCGCGAAGCUAUUACGUGGGUAAAUUCAAAUUCUCGUUUCCGUACUGCCUUUUUAGUUUUUCUUAAAGGAUUUACAGGUCCCGGUUCUCCUGGGUGUUUUGUCAGUAUAACGUUUAUCGAAGCGGAAGAACUCUACCCGUAGGCGAGAUUGCUGUCGAUUCGGGCGUGGGUUAAGGUAUUUUCUACAGCUGAUUCCUAAACCGGUUUUGUGCGAGCCUGUGUUAAUCACCGCCGUACGCAUUGUGCAUAAAUUUACUCAUCAGGUUGGAAACACAAGGGAUUAGCAUUGAUGUUUUGCCACUCUGUCUUUUGGGGCAGCCUUGGUGGAAAGACAUUCCGUUUUCAGUGUUUCUGCACCUUUGUUUGCCUCUUUUGAUUUUCGUUCUUCCUAGAAGAGUGCUCUACUUUUAAACCGCGCAUAGAAGGGUGAACCCCGUAUUGACCAUUUGUGUUGUCGCCACAAAUAGUGGAUUUCUGCAUUCGACUAAAGAGUAUUAAUUGGUGUCUACAGACCACUUAGAAGAUCAGAACCCCCCUAGUUCACUUCUAAACCGCAAAAAUGGUUGGCCAACUGUGGCUGGUUUAUGAACACCAAUUUGGUGUCGCACCGUCGCCGUACCAAUCGAGGACCUACUUCUCUGUCCUCAAAAUUGCCUGGGUGUCACCUUACCUAGAAAAUUUGAGCCGUGUGUAAUUAAGACUGUCCGGUACUACUGUAAUAACCAUUUCCGGCUAACUUCCCGGGGUCAGCUAGCCAAGCAAACCUAUGGAGACGGAAUUUUUUAUCUUAAAUUACUUGAAUGUCAAUUUAUUCAGAGUUUUCUAGGCUAAUAUAAAUUAUGGGUGGCUCAGUCACCCGCCAGCAUUAACGAAAGCUUUCCUAGAACUUUUAAAAUAAGUCUGCAAGUAGGUAGUACUACUGAAGCGAUUUUCAGGCACUGAAAACAUUGACCAUAGGGUGCUACCCUCCAUGGACAGUCCUCUUUGUUAUUGAGUAGUUCUUCAGUAGAGUAAAAACUGUCGCUCGAAAAGAAUGCAUAUUGUUUAAAAAGUGUCACCGGCAAGAACAGGCAGACCGACUGCCUUAAUCGAAGACGUCCACAGGUGUCAGACGCAUGGCCUUUGGCUGAAUCAAGUUAGAGUGAGGUCCAAGUUAUCCCGUCAGUUAGUAACCUUCCAGGACGCAGCUUUAAGUGCACCAUGUUAGCUUCAGGGGCGUCAGAUUGUUUAUAGUGAGGAAAAUACGCUGAGUCGUCGACCUCAUUCUCCCUUUCCAUUCCCCAGCCCAGCCACUGUCCGAGACGAUCAGUUGACUGAUGCGGGAAAUGGGCGCGAACCAUAAUACUUCAAAAGUAAUCUCAGUCAGAUUGAAAUAUAAACACCUCCAGCCCACCUGAAAUGCACUCACAGACCGCGUUGUAGUUCGCGGAACCACCAACACCGUUCGUAAGGCCUGGGGCAGCAAUAACACCAGCAGAACCAACCCCCGGUAAUAUCAUCCCACAAUAACGUGCACGUGUCUAAACUGUGCAAUUCUGGAUCGUCUGAAGACUGAACUCUACCCGUCAUUAUAAUUAGAUGUUUUACCAUAUCAGUGGAUGGGCAUUUCCAUUACACUAUCUCAAAAGUUGCGCCGGCUUUUUUCUCCUCGAUUGCCACUAAGCCAACAGUUAGGGUAAACAUACUUUCAAGCGCUACGUUUUUGGGACAGAUACAUAAACGCCGAAAGUGGUUAUGACGAACCUUCUGGCGGAAGUAUCAUUUUUAAGUUCGAUAACAAACUGAUGAUGUCUGCCCAACGAAAGUAAGUGGCCAAUACGUAAGUUAUGGAUUUCAUUGAGGCUGGCAAUAUGCCAAUCCUGACAUCUCUAAACCGCGUAACAUUCAGCUGACACUGUAAAGUAAUCAUGGGAAAGAUUGGUCACGCGAAUACGUAUCCUCAGAACUGUAGGUGGCCGAUCGUCCAUCUUUGUAAGCUUCAUAGACACAAAAACUCAUCACAAUCAAGAACGCCCUCCUUUCAGUCAGCCGCCGAGAGUCCCUUGUUGUCCUCUGCCAACCUCGCAUCCCUGUUGAGGUCGUGUCCAGUGACGCAAAUCUGCUUGGACCACAGACUGCCCGCCUCCGACUGCCAGCUCCGGCGCUGCAAAGAUGUUUACGUGAUGGUGGGAAGAGGUGGGGCGGGGAGAGUUUCUUGCAGUCCGCCAGAGUAAACAACUGGACACACACAGUGGAAUGUUGAGUAAAUAAUCUCUGCGUCUGCCCUGGUGGUUUUGCGUCGGUGGACUUGUGCACGAUGUGUAGUUGGAUGAUUUUUGAGACAUGUUGACAUGCCCGCCUACGUGUAAUAAGCAAAUCCCCAGGAGGCGGCGGCGGAGAAACUUGUCUUGCCGUCCAUUGCGUUCGGAAGGCAUGUUUUAUUGCGGCGUGCGCCCAGUCUGGUCAACACAGUGAUAGUCAAAGCAGCCUGCCCCAACUGUGAGCUUGGUCUACGACAAAAAUAAUCGGUCUGCUGCCUGGAUGACGCCUGCUCUAGGCAGAUAACGAUAGGGUGUAGGAUCCGCAAGUAGAUGGCAGCUCCAAAAACAUACCCUAAAAUUCAGUGUGACUACAAACAUCACCUACAGUAGGUGGGUUAAGUCAUGAAAUGUCGGCGAAAUUUCGAAAUGCGUUCUCGUUUCGAAAAUAGUAAUCAGUUAUGGUUGUAAAAUUAAUCACCGUCCAGCAUACUUCUAUAAUUUUACAGUUACCUCAGGGUGUCUUCUUUCGAGUGAACUUAUGUCCGACUGCAUUCAAGAACUAGACUCGGAAAAAAUGACUACUUAAAUAUAAUGAAAUUUUCUCAUUGAUUUACAAUGUCCUUUAAAGUUCAAUUAUAUUUCAUGAGAAAAAUGUCUACAAAUAUUCAUUUUUUUAUUUAUUUGGUGGACACGUACGUCGUCUAUUAAUGUUAUGCUCGAACGAGGAGCAUAAUUCGGUUUCAAAAAAGUUUCUAAUUGUGAGAUUUUGUAAUACCAUGAAAUGGCCUUUUAUAAAACGUCAUGUCUCUGCACUUACUUGUAAGUUAACAAUAUUGCCCAAAUACACUGCUUCAUUUUACGAACACCAUGUGGUCUCCUCUUAAUAGCGUAGAGAAAUGCAUGGUUUUCCGUACAUGGAAAAUAUACCGCUUAUAGAUUUGAAAUCCUGAAUGCAAGUGUAGCAGCAGGUGGGGGUUCAAAAUUAGUUGGGAACUAAAAAAGUUUUUUAAAACACAAUUAUACUCUUCUUUCGAGUAUAAAAUCGAAAGGAGACCUAAUUUUCUACCGAAUAAGUAAAAGAAUGAAUAUUUUAUGCAUGUUUUCCAUGAAACAUAAUUUAAUUUUCAAGAGCAUCGAUAAUCAAUGAGAAAAGUGCAUGCUACUGAAGUAGUCAUUUUUUGCAGAAUAUAGAUCUCGCAUGCAGCCGAAAAUACGUUCUUUCGAAAGCCGACACCCUGAGGUAACUGGUAUAUUAUAGAUUUAUGCUGCUUCACGAUUAGUUUUACAACAUUUCUUAAUUUAUCUUUUCGAAACGAAUAUGCAUUUCGAAACUCCGGUUGACAUUUUAUGAGGUAGCCCACCUACUGUAUUAUUCACUGUUCCCAUUGCUUAAAAUCUCCUUCCCGUACUGACUAAAUGCAAACUUACCGGCGGUGCUGGUCGGUUAUAUUUUGACAAUUGCUUUUUGUUUAUUUUUUAAUUAUCGCGCUCACUUUUUUGUCAAAUGACAGCGAGCGAGAGGACUUUCGGCAGAAAUUUAUCAUUUUCUGUGCCUUCUUGAUCGCCGUCCUGUGUGUUGUCCCGCCUAUAAAAACCCCACUACCACCACUCAACGUAUGACACGGUCUACAGUCUAGAUCGAGUUAAUUGUGGGUCCUACACCCUAUAAUGUUUAUCUAUGGAGGCAGGGCAGCCAAAAGGUGGGCAGCUCCGAAUAGGGCCCUUCUGUGGGAGAAAGGACUCGCAAGGACGCGCUGAUUCAUCUACGUGGGAAGUGUCCUCUGAUAAACGUCCAUAGCUCGGCUGCUUCAAACGACGAUAUCCAUCGCUGCUGCCCAAAGAGGUGAGCGCAGUGCUAAAUCUGGCGUGGAUUUGCCGGCAGGAGACCAGAUUCUGCGUUGGAGCUAUCUCUCUCUCUUCCCACAGCCGCCGCAUGUCAGUGAGGAGAAAAUGUACGGAAACCGCAGCCAGAUGUCUACAGUAGAUGUGCUAACUCAUGAAAUGUCAACCAAAAUUUCGAAAUGCGUUCUCGUUUCGAAAAGAUAAAUUAAGAAGUGUUGUAAAACUAAUCAUGAUGCAGCAUAAAUCUGUAAUGAUCCAGUUGCCUCAGGGUGUCGGCUUUCGAAAGAACUUAUUUUCGGCUGCAUGCAAGAUCUGUACUCUGCAAAAAAUGACUACUUAUGUUGUAUGCAAUUUUCUCAUUGAUUUUCGAUGCCCAUGAAAAUUCAAUUAUAUUUCAUGGAAAACAUAAAUAAAAAUAUUCAUUAUUUUACUUAUUCGGUAGAAAAUCACGCCUUCUUCCAAUUUCAUACUCAAAAGAAGAGUAUAAUUCGGUUUAAAAAACUUUUCUAAUUCCCGAAUAAUUUUGAACCCGACCUGCUGUUACACUUGCAUUCAGGGUUUCAAAACUACAAGUUGUAUAUUUUCCGUGUACGGAAAACCAUGCAUUUCUCUACGGUGUUAAGAGGAGACCAUAUGAGGUUCAUAAAAUUAAGCAGUGGAUUUGAGCAAUAUUGCUAACUUUACAAGCCACAUUCGUAAAUGCAGAUACAUGACGUUUCAUGAACGGCCAUUUAACAGUAUUAGAAAAUUUCACAAUUAGAAACUUUUUUAAAACCGAAUUAUACUCUUCUUUUGAGUAUGAAAUUGGAAGAAGACAUGAUUUUCUACCGAAUAAGUAAAAGAAUGAAUAUUUUAUGCAUGUUUUCCAUGAAACAUAAUUUAAUUUUCAAGAGCAUCGAUAAUCAAUGAGAAAAGUGCAUGCUACUGAAGUAGUCAUUUUUUGCAGAAUAUAGAUCUCGCAUGCAGCCGAAAAUACGUUCUUUCGAAAGCCGAUACCCUGAGGUAACUGGUAUAUUAUAGAUUUAUGCUGCAUCACGAUUAGUUUUACAACACUUCUUAAUUUAUCUUUUCGAAACGAGAACGCAUUUCGAAAUUUUGGUUGACAUUUCAUGAGUUAGCACAUCUACUGUAGGUGUGUCACACAUCUUUACAUGGACCCAAACUCCCCACGCACCAGUCGUCAUUCAGGAGGUAUUUUGAAAUCAUGCAAGUGGGAAUACCACAACAGUCGCACAAAGAACUACCCAUUUCAGUUUGGUCGUUGGUCUUUAGAGGCAUACAUCCAGUUGACGACCUUACUUGUCAAGGCCCUUUGCAUGCUAGUUUCGUGGCCUGUUUGGGUGUGCUUGUAAGCGACUGAACUCUGAAUAGACCAAGCUCUCGUCUUUACUUUGCAUAAACCAGUGGUCCGUCCGACUCAAGCCGACUGAGGGUGAGAUUGUUUAGAGCGUGAUAGCGGCAGAGAUUGACGGUUAAGCUCGCCUCUUGAGACCUCAGGCCACACUGUAAACCCUCAAUAAACGCUCGUUGUCAUAAUGAAAAAUUAUAUCACCCUUUAUGAAGGAACCCAGAGCUGGAAUCUGUACUUGAAUUGGGAGUGCAACCACGGGGUUUUUUUUCCCUCUCCUAGCCAUCGGUCGGCUGUCCAGGCCGGUCGGUUAUCUGAUGCGCUGUCUUGGUGUUAGUGGUUGACAGAGUUAAAGAGCUUUUCUGCGCAUGACACACCACCUGGUUUUUGCAUAACACGCCACAUUUGUUCAUGUUUUAUGGCAGCUAUGCCUACGGUGAAAGACGGUGCACCAACUUCUGGUUUCGCCUGUCAGUUUGUAGCAAAUGUCUGAUUAAUUACUACAUUCGUUACCAGCGAUGUCUCUUUCUUUGCCCAUGCCUUUUAAAGACACCGCGACGUAUGUGAGUAGAAGGCUUUAAGGACAGACUGUUCGCUUAAUUUACCUUACGUUUAAUACUGGAUAUUUAGUUAGGGUUCAGCGGACUCACAACUAAAAUAGUCGUAUUGCUGCAGGUUAUGCGACAGAACCCGCGGAAAAAAGGGGCUUACAAGGCUAACCAGUCGCUCGCAUUUUGACAUAUUUAAAAACAAAAGGCAGAAGAGUGAUGAUGAUGAUGAUGAUGAUGAUGAUGAUGAUGAUGAUGAUGAUGAUGAUGAUGAUGAUGAUGAUGAUGAUGAUGAUGAUGAUGAUGGUGGUGGUGGUGGUGGUGGUGGUGGUGGUGGUUGCGGCGGCAGCGGCAGCGGCAGCGGCAGCGGCGACGGAUAA